AUGCAGGGAAUCUGCGCGCAUGUUGACCUGAUGCGGUUCGAGGACGGGAUCGCGAUAGUCUCCUUAGAAUCCCCAUGCAUAAUGCAUUUCACGCGGCCUACGACAGACAUGGAAGUCGGCACAACCGCAACCCUAGAGGAAGAUCGUGAGCUUACGAAGAGAGUCCCUGUUUUGUUAACCCCGGGCUCGUUGGUUCUCAUGUCGGGGGAAGUGCGGUAUCUGUGGAAGCACGAGAUAAACCGGAAGCCGGGGAAUCAGGUGUGGGAAGGGAAGGAGAUCCAGCAGGGCAGAAGGACUUCUGUCACCUUAAGAAAGCUCUGCCCAUCACCACCCAGCUGAAUGUCAAAAAAACUCCAAUCCCUAAUUUCUGCCGAGUGCGACAUCGCGGUCUUUGCUGUUUCCUCUCUUCUCAAUUAAAAUUCUAUGCCGGUACGUUCUUAUUAUUAUCGGUUAGCUUGUCAUGCAUUCCGUUGGUUUCUGUAGUUUGGUAAAAUAGAAGUAAUUGAAUAAUUUAUAUUCCAUGCAUCAAGUGAAAUUACUUUUAGUUACUGAAUUUAUGAUGAAUAAAUACUAAUGAGAGUUUACCAUUGAAAUCAAGGAUUUUCUAA